CCAUGGGCCUAAGACCAGUCCACACAACUGACACCACGCAUUAAAUCCAUCCUUCACCACUACACUCAGCACCUACUAGCACUACUCACCAAUAACCAUUGACACCUAGUUACUAGCCUCCAAAAUUUUUCAAACUAACCAAAAACCACUCAACACAUCACACCACAGCUUCAAGCCCCAACCAAAGUUGUCACUCACACAGUAGCCAAGAUUGCAUUUUUUUCAUUCCUUCUUCAUUUUCCAGCAUCAUCACACCCACCCAAAUGCCUCCCAUUUCUUGUUUCCUCAUAUUCACCUUCCUAACCAUGACUCCCACCAUUUUCUGUGUGGUUGGAGCUGUGGGGGUGAACUGGGGCACCAUGGCUUCUCACCCCCUUCCACCCCCCAAGGUGGUGAAGCUCUUGAAGUCCAACAACAUCAACAAAGUUAAGCUCUUUGAUGCCGACUCUGAUGUUCUUCAGACACUUUCUGGCUCCAACGUUGCUGUUACUGUGGGCAUUCCCAACGCUAUGCUCAGAAACUUGAACUCUUCUAAGAAGGCUGCGGAUAGUUGGGUCCAUGAUAAUGUUACACGCUACAUGUCCAAUGGGGGCAGUGUCACUCGAAUUGAAUAUGUUGCUGUUGGUGAUGAGCCGUUUCUUAAAAGCUAUGGUGAACAAUUUCAUCCCUUUUUAAUUGGAGCUGCUAUGAACAUUCAAGCAUCUUUAAAGAAAGCAAAACUGGACAGCAAAGUGAAAGUUGUGGUUCCAUGCAGCUUUGACAGUUUUGAGUCAGGAUUUAACCUGUCCUCAGAAGUUCAUUUCAGGCCUGACCUCAACAAAACCAUGACUGAGCUCCUUGCAUUUCUUGAUAAGCAUGGAUCACCUUUCUUUGUGACUAUUUCUCCAUUCAUAACGCACCUUCAAACCAAAAACUUAUCACUGGAUUUUUCCCUCUUUAAAGAAACUGCACACCCUCAUAAUUUUAACCAUAAAACCUACAAAAACAGCUUUGACUUAAGCUAUGAUACAGUGGUUACUGUAUUAUCAGCAGUCGGAUAUCCAAACAUGGACAUUGUCGUGGCCAAGAUUGGUUGGCCAACAGAUGGAGCUGCCAAUGCAAGCUCAAACCUUGCAGAAACCUUCAUUAAAGGCCUUAUAAGCCACCUUCACAGUAACUUGGGGACUCCACUUAGGCCACACAAGCCACCACUUGAAACAUACAUUUUGAGCCUUCUUGAUGAGGACCAAAGAAGCAUUGCUUCUGGAAACUUUGAAAGGCAUUGGGGUUUGUUCACUUUCGACGGCCAAGCAAAGUACCAUGUGGAUCUUGGCCAGGGUUCAAAGAGACUUUUGAAUGCUCAAAAUGUUGAGUAUCUCUCUUCUAAGUGGUGUGUUGUGAACAACAAUAAAGACUUGUCAAAUGCAUCAGCCAGUGCUUUAGAGGCUUGUGCAAAUGCUGAUUGUACUGCACUGUCUCCUGGUGGAUCCUGCUUCAAUAUCAGCUGGCCUAGUAACAUAUCAUAUGCUUUUAAUAGCUAUUAUCAGCAGCAUGAUCAGAGGGCAGAAAGCUGUGACUUUGGAGGUUUAGGUUUGAUCACAACUGUUGAUCCAUCCAUGGAGCAUUGCAGGUUUCCCAUUGAGAUUCGCAUCUCUCACUCAGUUUUUCACAGGCCGUGUAAUUUCUUGUUGGUGAUUUUAUUUGUAACAACCCUCUUGGUGUCUGAACCACUAGGGUUAGCCUAAUGGCAGAGGGUUAAAGUAAUAUGCCCCAGGUCUUAGAUUUAUACUUUGUUACUGUCAUUGUAAUUUUCACCGAUUGAAAAAAAAAAAAAAUAACUUUUUGUAUCUUUUGCGGUUUGACAUAGCUAAAGAUGAGGAUCAUUUUUUGAUCUCCUGGCCUGUUGUAAUUUUGUUGUAGAUGUUUAGUGAUGAAUGAAAAUGGUUAGCAUUUUUUUUGUAACAUUUAUUCAUGCUAGCUAAAUGUGAAGGAUGUCACUUUUCAUU